AUGGAAAAUCAGAACACCACAGUGACAUUCUUUGCCCUUCUGGGAUUUUCAUACAGCUCGACAGUCAAUAUUUUCCUCUUCUUGGUAUUUUUCCUGAUGUAUGCCCUUACCUUACUGGGAAAUAUGGUGAUUCUGGUAGUCACAAGUCAUCUCACCAGCCCCAUGUACUUUUUUCUAACUCAUCUCGCUUUUAUUGAUAUCUGUUUUUCUUCCAUCACUGUGCCAAAGCUGCUAGUGAUUUUCUGGGCAACACAGACUAUUUCGUACCCUGGCUGCUUCACUCAGAUGUUCGUUGUCUUUCUUACAGGAAGCACUGAAGAUUACGUUCUUGCAGCAAUGGCCUAUGAUCGAUAUGCUGCCAUUUGCAAGCCCCUCCAUUAUGUACUAAUUAUGAACAAAGCAUUUUGUAGGUGGCUGGUGGGUGGGGCAUGGGCAGUUGGCUUCUUAUGUGCUAUGAUAAAUAUUUUACCUGCUUUGAAGCUAGAUUUCUGCAGACCAAAUUUUAUCAGGGAUUUCAGCUGUGAAUUUCCAUCUCUACUUGCCUUAUCCUGCACAGAAACCUUCCCCAAUUGGAUGGCAUUCCUGAUAUCCGGUAGUGCUGUUUCCAGUUGUUCUUUGAUUAUCAUCCUAGUCUCCUACAUCCACAUCAUCUCAACUAUCCUGAAGCUGAACUCAGCAGAAGCAAGAAGGAAAACUUUCUCUACCUGCAGUUCUCAUCUCAUUGUUGUGCUUUUGUAUUAUGGCACUGCCUGCUUUAGGAAUAUGAGGCCCAGCUCAGCCUCCUCAAUUAUUGUGGAUGAACUCUUUUCUAUUCAGUACAAGAUUUCAACACCCAUGCUGAACCCCCUUAUCUACAGCCUGAAAAACAGGGAAGUGAAGGAAGCCAUCAAAAAGCUAAUGGGCUAUAAAUCUUGA